UCAGCCCUUGACUGUGUGGUCCCUGGAGCUGCCGAGCCCAGGGGCAGUGAAAGGAUGAGAAUGAGCCCUCGGUGUAUCUUCUUGCCCCGACUCCUCCACCCCCGGGGCUCCCACACAGCAGCCGUGGCAGCAGCAGGCACCUUUGUGCCACCUUGUCCUCCCCCGGACCCCGAGAAAGUCAAGGAGUUACAGCGCUUCAUCUCCCUCUCCAAGAGACUCCUGGUAAUGACCGGAGCUGGGAUCUCCACCGAGUCUGGGAUCCCAGAUUACAGAUCGGAAAAGGUGGGACUCUAUGCCCGGACAGACCGGCGCCCCAUCCAACAUGUGGAUUUUGUCCGGAGUGCUAAAAUCCGCCAGCGCUACUGGGCGAGAAAUUUUGUUGGGUGGCCUCAGUUCUCCUCUCACCAGCCUAACGCAGCCCAUUUGGCCUUGAGCAGCUGGGAGAGACUCGGGAAACUCUAUUGGUUGGUGACCCAAAACGUGGAUGCCCUGCACACCAAGGCGGGGAAUCGGCGUCUCACUGAACUGCAUGGAUGCAUGCACAGGGUCCUCUGUCUGCACUGUGGAGAACAGACUCCCCGAGAGGUUCUGCAGGACCGAUUCGAAGCCCUGAACGCCAGCUGGAGAGCCCAGGCCCACGGGGUGGCUCCGGACGGGGACGUUUUCCUGACGGACGACCAGGUCCGCAGCUUCCAGGUCCCACCGUGUGCUAAGUGUGGAGGCUCUCUGAAGCCCGACGUCAUCUUCUUUGGGGACACGGUGGACCACAGUAAGGUGGACUUCGUGCACACGCGUGUGAAAGCAGCCGAUGCCCUCCUGGUGGUGGGAUCUUCCAUGCAGGUGUACUCGGGCUACAAGUUUAUUCUUGCGGCUCAUGAGAAGAAGCUCCCCAUCGCGAUACUAAACAUCGGGCCCACCAGGUCCGACCGCCUGGCCUGCCUCAAGUUGGAUUUCCGAUGUGGAGAGUUCCUGCCUUUGAUAGCCCCACAGUGACCAGGGCUCGGUGCUCCUCCCCGCAAAGGGGAACUUUAUGGGACCUGAACUGCUGCUAAAGAGUGUGUACUUGCUGUGACCUCCCCACCAUGCUGCCCUGCUCUUCCCAGUCCUUCACCAAAAUGGCAGACUGUGUUUCUCUGUCAGCAGAGGGCACCAAAUCACCACAUCCAUCCAUCCGUCCAUCUCGACAUCCUGCUUCAGAUCCUGGGGGCUUCACCUCUGAUUGUGCUGCUGCUAUAUAGUCUCUGCCAGAGACUCGGGAACUCCAUCCUGUUUGGGAUUUUGGGCCCCAAAAGAAAAGCUCUGUGCCCCAGGAGCACCUGCACUUAGGAUGGACCACCAUCUUGGCAAACCGAACCCCCUUCUGCGAGCUAACCUAACCUUUAUCAUUCUGUGUAUCGUAUACCGGUGGCCCCAGUACAGAGACCAGAGUGGUCUCCAUGGGGUUUGGGGUAACAGCCUUGCCUGCCCUUUGAGGAAAGGGUAGAACAAAACAGUAAUUUUGUUUUAUGAUCUCAAAUAAGUUAUCUUUUAUCUUAUCGAGAAACAUUUCAUAAAUAUCUUUAAGAAAGCAAAUGAAAAUAUUUCCUAGUGAUUUCAGUACAUUUUUAGUAAACAAUAAUGGGAGAUUCCUUUUUCUCCUGCGUCCCAGGUGCAGGGUUCGUAUGGAAUUGUGUUCUAUUUUGGUCAUUAACAAGAGGAGGAGAGUUUGUGGUGGAACCAACUCUCCGGAGAUUUCUGUUGGGUCUCAGCAACCGGCUUCAAAACACCUGCCUUAAAGCCCAAAGUAGGAGAGGAGAAACAGUGAAAUUUCAGUCAUUCGCUAACAUUUUUGUUUUCUCCUAAAAAAGUCGUGUGACUUGUUUGGCGACGGCCAAAGCCAGGGAAGAAUCAGUAGGCGAAGCCCAGAUUUUCCCAACAAUGGAAUCAGUAAAGAGAAAGGAAUGAAAGAAUCAAAACCCUCUAAGUGGAAGUCUUCUGUUCAAAAUGAGGCCAGGCAAUAUGAGCCUAUUGGAUGCAUACCUGAGAAACAAACGAGCCUUUACUGAGAUGGCCAGAAUUUCAGAAGCAGCCUGAACCUUUGCACCCAAACAGGUGAAUCAAUAUACGUAUUCUACGGGCACCAGUUGAGUACCUCUGAGAGUACCCCGUGUGAGGGGUGGCUGCACAGCCAGGCUGAAUCUGGGCAAGGGAAAGGAAUGUUGAACCUGGAAUGAUUAUGCAAUGAGUCUACAAUGGCAAAACAAUUAGAAUCUAGGACUCCAGAGUCCCUCCUCGGUUCUUGUUACAGAGAAAAUAAAAGUUGUUUUUCUUCUA